AUGCCUGCCCAGUUGCCAGUUUGGGUGUGUAGGGUGUUCAGGCUCACGUGUGAACCGACCGACAAGUGGGCUUCAACUCGCCAGCCGAUUGAGCAGUCCUGUCGUGAAGUGGCGCAAAGUGCCGUGUCACGAGUGCACCAAUUUGUGCACGAGGGACCCGGUGUCAGACACAAGAGGGGCCGGCUUAUAGGUUCUAUUGAAGAGAAGCGCGAAUUUCGACAGUUAUCUUGGAAGGGGCCUACAGGUUCCAUGCCAAUGGUGAAGGCUUUUUGCGUUGAAUUUCUUUCCGUUGUGCUCCCCACAGGACCAUUCUCGUCCGACACAGACUGCAGCUGCAGCCCGGCCUCGGGUGGGACUCGAGCCAACGAUGUUUGGGCUGAGAGGCGAAUACGUCCCCUUAGAAACCACACAAUUCAUAGUUUCGGCCUCUUGAAGGCCGAAAUGUUAUACCAAUGGACAGUCGUGUUUUUGCCAUUAAACACAACAUACUACUGA